UGAGCUCUCUCUAUUUUCAGCAGCUUCAGCUCUCUGCGUCAUCAAUGGCGUCCGUACUCAAUACGAUGUCGUCCGUCAGAUUCUCAAACCCUAACCCCAACCGACUCCGACCUCACUCCGUUUUGGCGCCGGUUUCCGUUUCUUUUCCCAGACGGAGAUUUACGGUCAGGGCUGCCGAGACUGAUACGGAUGAAGGAGUUAAAUCUGAGGCACCGGAUAAGGCCCCAGCUAGUGGCGGUUCCAGCUUUAAUCAGCUUCUCGGAAUCAAAGGAGCUUCUCAGGAAACUAAUAAAUGGAAGAUCCGUCUUCAGCUGACCAAGCCUGUCACUUGGCCUCCAUUGGUAUGGGGAGUAAUUUGCGGAGCUGCUGCCUCUGGAAAUUUUCACUGGACUUUGGAGGAUAUUGCCAAAUCUAUACUUUGUAUGGCUAUGUCUGGCCCUUUUCUCACUGGCUACACACAGACACUAAAUGAUUGGUAUGACCGAGAUAUUGAUGCAAUCAAUGAACCUUAUCGUCCGAUUCCCUCUGGGGCAAUAUCUGAAAAUGAGGUUAUUACUCAAAUCUGGGUACUGCUUUUAGGAGGUCUUGUCUCAGCUGGUAUAUUAGAUGUGUGGGCAGGACAUGAUUUCCCAACAGUCUUUUACCUUGCUCUGGGUGGAUCCUUUGUAUCGUACAUCUACUCUGCUCCCCCUCUAAAGCUUAAACAAAAUGGAUGGAUUGGAAAUUUUGCUCUUGGAGCAAGUUAUAUCGGUUUGCCAUGGUGGGCCGGUCAGGCAUUAUUUGGAACCCUUACACCGGAUAUAGUUGUCCUCACACUUUUGUACAGCAUAGCUGGAUUGGGAAUCGCUAUUGUAAAUGACUUCAAAAGUGUUGAAGGAGAUAGAGCAUUGGGACUUCAGUCACUUCCUGUAGCUUUUGGUCCUGAAACUGCAAAAUGGAUUUGCGUGGGUGCCAUCGAUAUAACUCAAUUGUCAGUUGCUGGUUAUCUGCUAGGAGCUGGUAAACCAUACUACGCUUUAGCUCUAGUUGCUUUGAUAGCUCCCCAAGUCUUUUUUCAGUUCAAGUAUUUUCUCAAAGAUCCUGUCAAGUAUGAUGUUAAAUAUCAGGCUAGCGCGCAGCCAUUUCUUGUACUUGGUAUUCUGGUAACAGCUCUAGCAACGAGUCAUUGAUAUUACAAACCACAUGAUGCUUUGGAAAGAAAUAAAAAGAGGAGAGGAAACUACACAACUACAAAAUCACUCUCCCUUCAGGUUACAUAAGCCGUUGCUCCAAGUAUGUCUUGCCUUGUUGAAAUGAAGUUGAAGUUUUGCGUUGAGGCUUAUAUAUUUUUCCACUAGUUUUUCUGUUUCUUUUUUCCUUUACUCAGUGUCGCAAUAGGAAGUUUUUGUUGUAAAUAUAGUACUUGUGAAUUGUGACUCCAUUAAAGCAUCUGAAAGCGAAUUAUUCCUAGCCUAGCUUUUUUAUUCGUCUAACAAAACUGCUCCUCAUAUUUUGACUUUGUUGUUUCAAUGGAAUUACAAUAUUGCCGUGGUGAAAA